AAUGGCAACGCCGCCGGUCAGUGUGUCACAAACUUCCAAGCAAUCGGAGCAUUAGAUUUUAAUACACUUUGCGGACCGAGCGAUUAAGCAGCAUACCGCAGACACAGUGCACCAAGACAUGGAGUGGCACGAAGUUGAGCUGGACGGGAGCCGCACGGCUGACUUCCCGGAGCGCGCCGUGCCCGGUUUCGGGCAGAAUCUCUCGCAGACCGGUAAGUGUGGCGUGGGAUUUGGUGGCAUUGCAUUGGUCCCUUAUUUGAACCAAUUCGCAGACGACUACCUGGGCGGCAUCAUUCGCGGCGGGCAGUGGGGAUGGGUGACCCGCAGGAGAGGCAAAGACGCCACCCUACUAAUCUGCAGCAUGGCCACCGGCGAGUGCGUCUCCAGGCAUUGCUUUUGGCGCCAGUCCGCCGACGAGGAAAAGAGCCUCCACUUCAACAGUAUCCGUUGUGUGGAGGAGCUCUUUCCCGGCCAGCCGGAGCGACCGGCUUUGCUGGCCAUUUGCCUGGAGUUGUGGGACCACAGGACGCAGGUGCUCAUCUACGCGCUCACAUCCGGCAAGGUGCUGCGCCGCUUCGAACUGCAAGACCACCUCCACUGCCGAGCAAUGACCUUCCUGGACGAAAGCAUCUGCGGCGGAACGCGACUGAAGCUAUUCGACGGCUGCCUGGCCGUGGCCACCGAGGAAGGCACUGUCCUCCUGGUCGAUCUCAACGCCGGCAGACUGCUGGAGGAGCGUGGCCGCCAUACUCUCGACAGACCCAGUGACGAGGGCGAGCCCUCCUACGGCAAACUGUACUGUGUUCCAGGCACGGAGCUCGGCCACCGCCGCAUCGAAUCCGUGCUCGACAAGUGCCGCUCCAAAGUGGCUCACUUGGCUGUCCAUGUAGAUGUGGCAAGCACCGGAAUUCGCAGCUUGAUGGGCAUAGCCGUUGCGCCCGGCUUCGCCGCUGGACUUGAGGAUGGUCGCAUCGCCAUCUACGAUCUGGUCCUCUUUCAGCUGACCACCACGAUGCAGCCGCCGCCAACGAGUGGACGGGAUCAUGGGGCCGUGGAGCGGAUGUGCCUCAUCAUGCCGCCGGAUGACCCGAAACCCUGCUUCUACAUAAGUGCUUUGUACCAGAUCGCCGACCGCCUGCACAUGCUGCUGCACAACGUCAACUACAGGCGCGUGGAGCAGGCGGGCGACGGGUUCCGCUUCGAGCACUUCCAUUCCAGUUCCGUGCGCAACCACCAAAUCUUCGACAGAGGCAGCUGCUCCGUAACUGCCUGCACCACGGCGUCCACCUUCAGCUUUGCCGGCGACAGCGGCACGCUGCUGGUCAUCAUCUCCUGGUACUCGAACACAGAUCGCAAAAACAAGCUCGUCCUGUUCGACAUUAACCAGUGGUACAAGGACGAGAUGCCCUCCUGCCUGAGGCACAACGAAACUCCCCAUUACAUCGCCGGCUACAACCUAAGUGGUCUGCCCAUCGGCUUGGGACUGCAUCUGCGCUCCAGCUCCAUUAUGCACUAUGUCUCGCUGCAGCGCUACGAUGAGCACUUCUAUCCCGACUCACUGACCUUCGAUUGCACGCUGCUUACCGCAACCGGCAGUCGCUACUACGCCCAGGACGGAGUGCAAAAUCGCUUUCUCAACACCCUCCGCUGGGAGCACGCCACGCUCUUUCUGCGACCACAGCCCUUCCACGAGAGCAUUGUCCGCCUGCGACUACUGCCCCAGUUCUGCGAGCUGAACCCAAACGCCACCUUCUCCAAGACUGCCAUGUACGAUGUGAUACUGUCGGUGGCCUUGGAGCACAACUGCGGGGCCCUGUUGAACGACUGCGCCCGCAGCUGGAUGGACGGAAGCUUCCUGUGCAACCUGCUCGAUCCCACCAAGCUCUCGCUGGCCACGCUCACCCAAUGGAUCGUGCGGCGCGCCGGGCAUAUCAAGUCGCGCUGCUCGGAGCUGUGCCAGGGCAUCUUCGACUACGGCGGCUACUCCCUGGACGAGCGGGAGCGGCACGAGUUUCAGCUGCUCACCGACCAGCUGAGCGAGCUGCUGCGCCUGCAGUCCUACAUUGUGGAGCAGGGCCGGCGCAGACUGGCGCCCACGACGCUGGCCGAGUGCAAGGGCAACGAGCAAGCGCUGCGGACGGUGCACGAGUACCAGAGGGUGCUCUACUGGUUCAUCGAGCAGGGUCUCCUGCCGGAGGGCCAGCACGAGGCCCAUCAUCGCGAGCACCGGGAGCAGCCGCUGGUCCGCCUGCGACACGUCUACUCCGAACGGCGGGCGCAGCGCAAGACCCUUUACAUCGACGCCCUGAUAAAGCACUCUGGCCUUUCGAACACUUAUCCGCCGGACUCGCUGCACGCCCUGCUGCUUGUGAUGCUCGCUCCGGACACUGGGGUGGCCCCCAAGCAGGCGCUGCUCCUGUACCUGCUGCUGGACCUGGACUCACAGCUGGGCAGACGCUUCAAGAACGCCUUCCAGCUGGGCGAAGCUCUGGCCAAGUCGGUGCGCUCCUUCUGGUGCUUGGACCGCGGCGAUUACGAGCAAUGCAUCAAGGAGCUGUACAUGCACCCCGCUCCGGCCAGCAACUACGAGGUGUGGCAGACGCGCCUGUUGGUGGAGACGCUGCUGGCGGGAGGCGCCAUCAAGGCGGCCAUGCGCGUGGUCAGCCAGCCGCCGGGACCACUGCCUCCGUCGCUGCACAUGAGCGUGCUGCUGGCCAACGAGAGCAUGCCGCAGGCCUUCCAGCUGGCCCGCCUCCACGACGACGAGGAGGGGCAGCCGCUGCUGGAGAGCUUCUUCCGCCACUGCCUGCGACGCGGACGCUUCAAGGCGCUGGCCGAGCUGUGUUUGCGCGGCCCGGAGGAGCGGCUCCUGUACCGCCUGCUGCGUGAGUGCCGCUCGCGCCAGACGGACCGCGUGCAGUUGAUCCUGCUGCUGCAGAAGAGCAAGUUCAUCGACGCGGUGGCCUUCAUGGACGACGUGGCCGCCGAGCGGGAGCGGGAGGACGACUCCUCCAGCUCGAUCAUCUCGGCCUACCGGUCCACGAUGGCGCCGGUGGCGCAGAACAUUGCCGGCACCUUCCUCCGCAUCCGCGGCCAUCUGGAGGGGGGCCUCGAGGAUGGCCAGAGCGGCCGAGGUAACCUGCCGCCCUUCAGCUGCCAGCUGGUCAAGCAGAACGCCAGCGGCCAGGUGGGCGGCAUCUUCCAGAGCUCGGCCGUCAGUGCCCACUGGGCCACGCAAUUCGAGGAGCCGCCGGCCGCCCUGUCGCCCGCGUCGCGGCGCAACCAAAUCGGCCACACCAACAUCCCCUUCCUGCGGCAUGCCCAGUACGGACUGUCGGAGCUUCCGCACCGGCGGCACACUGUGCGUCCCGUGCCCCACCAGGUGGUGGAGAAGCGUCAGCGGGAGCAGGAGCUGGAGCGGGAACGGGAACAUAGGCAGCCGCUCUACUCGCUGCAGCCGUGCAAACGCCGUCGCCUGCUGUCCGAGCAGUUGGUGGACGAUGUCAGGGGCCAUGUGCAGGCCAUCCUGAGCCAGCAGUUGGGGCAAUCGCAGGUGGCGGAGACGGAGCGCAGCGCGGCCGUUGAUCUGCUGCAGCCGCCAACUUUCCUGCAGACGCGUCAGCCGACGGCAAACCAGAGCAGCGGUUCGCCGCAGGCCAAACUCACGAUCCUGAAGAGAAACGGCACAGCACCAGCACUGGAUGGAGAGCCGGUGGCGGUGGCCACUUCUGCCACGCUGGCGGAGCCCAAGCGGUUCCGCUUCAUGCCGCCCAUUCCCCUGCGCUUGGACGGAUCGAUGGAGGUGGACACCGAGGAGGAGGAGCAGGUCGACGAGGAGGAGGAGGAGGAGACCGACGAGAUCAUCGUGGAGAUCGAGUCGCGAAGCGAACCGAGGAGCAUCGAGUCAGAUGAGGGUGGCCAUGAGGUCGUCGACAACGACGACAACGCAGACGACGACGACGACGACGUGGAGUUCUUUUCGCCAUUGGCCUCGGCCAAUGUGUCCUUGGUGAACCAGUUGGCAGAGCUGCCGCGGGAAUCGCCUGCUCGAUCCGAGCUCCCACCGCCUGGUCCACCACCUGGUCCACCGCCUGGCCCACAGCCACGUGGCUCAUUGCGUCAGGGAAAGACUGACACUGCCACUGAAACCGAGGGCAGCAGUGGAUUCGGUAGCUUUGCCACGGUCCAGCCAACGCCAUCGCCAACGACAUCGCACUCGCAGUUCGUGCCCACCAUCUGCUCCUCGAAGAUGUGCGAGACGCAGUCGCAGGUUUUCUCCAGCGGCAACAGCAGUGCGGUGAAGAUCUCCGAGCGCACCACCAUCUGUGGCGACAUGGAGUCAACCGAUCUGGGCUCGGCACUAACCACCGCGGUCAGUUCGCAGUGGUCGCUGCCCGCAGUGCGUCCAACCGGCCAGGCACACCUGCAGAUGAUGGACACCACGCUGGGCAUGUCCACCUACGAUGUGCCAUCGCUUGAGCAGCAGGAUGAGCGGCAGGAUCAGGAGGAGGAACUGAAACUGGGUGACACGCAGUCACUGGAGGAGCAACAUGAACAUGAUCAUGAACAUGAUCAUGGACAGGGGCAGGGGCAGGAGGAGGAGCCUGCGCAGAGCGGUUACCAGCAGCUGGCGUUCCUGGACAGCUCGCAAGUGCCCCCCGCCCAGGAGGAGCCCCUCUCCUCGCCCACCUACAGCCUGAGCAGCGAAGAGUCGGACAUGUCCUCGGCCGCUGGCAUUCGAAAUCCCUUGAUAACCGCUCUGCAGAGCGACGAUCCCAUGUACUCCAUCGUUGUGGAAUCGACGGGCUCCAUCACCACGUCGCGAUCGGUGACGCACACGCCCACCUCCUUCCUGCCCAGCGACACGAACGUCUCGCAGACCUCGACUCCUCCGCGGCCGGCACAUGGCGGCGAUGGCGAUGGCGAUGGCGACGGCGACGGCUCACCGCCCACCCUGUACCGCGCCAACAGCCUGGAAACGGUCGACGAUCUGGACACCACCAAGGGUUCGCUGGAGGAGGAGGAGGAGUACGACGAGGACGACUGCGUCAUUGCACUGGACGGCACGGAAGUGCGCGGCUACGUGGCCCGUCCCCAGGAAGCGGCGGCCUGCAGCAGUGCGGAGCUGUUCGCCUUCAAGAACAAGGACAAGGACGCCCAGGAGGAGGCGGCGGUCAGUGGCGACCCCUGUCCGUCUCUUUCGCUGGGCGCCACGGUCAACAGCGAUUCGGAGGUGGCCGACACCAUUGUGAUAGAUAGCGAUGAAGAGGAUCGUCAGCCGGAGGAUCAGAAGCAGGAGCAGGAGCUGGAGCAGGAGUUGGAGCAGGAGCGGGAGCUGGAGCAGGAGCAAGAGCUGGAGCAGGAGCAGGAGCUGGAGCAGGAACAGGAGCGGGAGCAGGAGCUGGAGCAGGAGCAGGAGCUGGAGAGAGCAGAAGAGUGGCCCAUGGGGGAGGAUGCCCCUAGCGAUGACUCGGUGGCCACAGUGGCCUUUAGCGAGCACAAGCAGAAUGCGGAGGUGGAUGCGGAUGCGGAUGUGGAUGUGGAGGUAGAAGUGGUCCAUGAAGUGGAACUCCUGCAUGCAGGUCCCCUAGCGGAGAUUCCCGAAGAGGAUGACGAAGAGGAGGCUGAAGAGGAGUCCAAGGAGGAGACCAAGCAGGAGACCAAGGAGGAGGAGGUGGUCACAACACCAGCCCCGCAUUAUUCGGCCCAAGAGGAGGACUCCAGGCAGAGUCUCACGCUAGUGCUGUCCGAUGACGAUGAGGGUGAGGAGCAAGCAGCUCCGCCGACGACGCGUACUCUGCGUCCUCGACGUUCCACGGUUGAGUACCAGGACAGUCCGCGUACGCUGCGCCCACGACGCCCCACUCUGGAGCAGCUGGACAGUCCGCAUGCCCUGCGCUCGCGUCGUUCUACCUCCAGACCCGCCACGCCCAUAAACAGUGUCCAGCGCGGACAGCGGUGCAACUCGCUGGCCCCCGCAACGCAGAGUCCCAGUGUCCGGCGUGCCUUGCGCGGCAUCAGCGAGCCACCUCCCAUGGUGGUCAUGCAGGCUGCGCCAAAAACCAGGGCGCCAAGAUCCCGCAAGACAAGUGCCAGUGAGCCAUCCACAUCCGCCUUGGUCGAGGAUUCAAAAACGGAGACGGAGGCGACGCUUCCCCGGACUCGUCGCCCGGCCAAACGAGGCAACGGGAACGGCAACCCCGCCGAGUCGAGCGAGGCCACAACAUCCGGGGCCAGCAAGAGUCAGCAAAAGAAGACGCGUGGUAAGCGGGCCACCUCGCUGACGCCCUCGAACCAAGGUCCAACUGUCCAGCAGAUAAUGCGCGGCAUCAGCGAGCCGCCCAUCACCACCACCACCACCACCACUUUGGAGGCAGGGCAGGUCAGCCGGAAGCGGAAGGCCGCCGCAGGUGGGCGGUCGCGCAAGACGAGCACCAGCACGACAUCCACACCGGCUUCGCCUCCGCCGGCGCAGGAAGACGAUUCCGCAACGGCUGGGAAGCGACCACGUCGCCGACGCAACGAUCAGUCCGCCAAUGCCACCGAAACCGAGGCCAGAAGCACCCCGACAAGGCAGCUGCGUCUGCGCGUGCCACGCAUCCAGAUGUCCGAGGCACCAUAGUGAAAGAGCAGAAAGUGCAUCCAUCGUGGCCACAACCAACUGAUCCGCAUGUGGCAUAAACAGAGCUCAACUGAUCCUGAUAUUAUAAACGACAUAGGAAGCACUUCUCAAGAAACGUUAAAUUGUAGUUGGCACUAGUUCCGAUUUGUUUAUAAUUGAGUUAAAGUUAAAAUAAAUAAGUUGUAUGUUAACAAUUUA